CUUGGAAAGGUCAAGUUGUGCUCUCAGGGUCGUUGGAGUUGUUGUGCCCCAGGGCAUUUUACAACUUGUGUUCUGGCUAUGUAGCACCUCUUGAUUCUGAAUGCGUGUUUUCCCCAAUGUUCAGAAGUCUGGCACCAAAAAUGUCUAAAAGUCAAGGAAGGGUGGAAAAAAGCUAAUUUCGUUAGCUCCACAUGACCGCUUUUAAAAGCGGCCAAUUGGCACGGCGUAUUACCUAAUUUAGCAAGAACAGGGAGAUAAAGCGGACAUUACCUAAUGAAAUCCGGUGUCGACUCAGUUUGCACUGCAACUAAAAGUCGCCUUCUCUCACUCUCGGGAAGUUAUGAGACAAUUCGCCUAAAUGUCCCUACUUUUUUUCUUUUUCCAAAUUUAUUUCACUGGAUUAUACUCCUUGGAUAACAUCUACAAACCCUAAUCCUUCCGAAUAAUACUUACACUCUUACCAUCUCUACCACUACGGGGUUUGAAUUGAUAACUGCAUGUGGUGUGGCAACUCGAAAUGAUAUGGUCAACCCUAUAAGAAUGGAAAUUGAUUUAACUACCCAAGUGGCUGAAGCUGCAAAUAUUGAUCGGAAUCUAGUCAGUCGUGUGAUUCCAAUGUUUGAAAAUGGUUAUACUGUGCCAUUUAUUGCACGUUAUCGAAAAGAAGUAACUGGAGGCGCAGAACCAACAGUGUUGCAUAGACUGAAGGAAAAAAUGAAUGACUGCAAAAUGCUUGUUGAUAAAAUCGAGAAAUCACUCCAGUUUUUUGAUAAGAGUGGAUUACUAACGAAUGAAUUAUCGCAACAGUUAAUGAAAUGCAAAACAACUGAAGAUAUUAAGCUUUUGGGAAAUCCCUUCAAAUCUAAGGGUCCACGCACGCUCGCAGGUCGAGCAAAAGCUGUCAAUCUGGAACCUAUUGCUUUGGACAUACUUCAUUCAAAUAGGUGUGUUGAUAUGUAUGGUCUGGCACCGCCAGAAGCUAAAAAGACUUUUACAUCGAAAACGGCCCUCGAAGAUGCUGUAUCUCAUAUCAUUGCUGAUAUUUUUGCUAAGGAUUUAGAUAUAAUCCGAAAGGCUGAGGAGUUAUGUUCAAAGUACAGUGCUACACUUGUCACAGCUAGGAAAUCAAAACGUGGUAAGAAAGGUGAACAAUCGUCAGGAGGUAGUCUUCCAAACACUAUGUCCAUUGAUUUUGAUGAGAAUGAGAAUGCUGAUUAUGCUGAAUGUGUUCAGAAUUCGCAUUCUUUUAUGAAUGAUACUAGUAAUAAUUUUAAAAAGGAUGAUUUGGUUACAUUUAAAAAUUAUUUAAAUUUUUCUCGCCCCGUGACAUCGAUAUUAGCACACCAGGUGUUAGCUAUUAAUCGAGCCAACGAAAGGGGUGUGAUUACCGUAAAAAUCCACUUGUCACCACAAGUACAACAUAAUUGUGCAACAUUUGUAUCUCAAAAAUAUUUUCCUACGACCAACCGUAUUCAUUGGGAUUUUGUAAUGUCAGCUUUCAAUGAUGCGUGGAAACGUUUAAUUGAUCCACAUUUGGUGCGUAGUAUACGCACUAAAUUAACAACUUCAGCUCAAGAUGCAUCUCUUGAAGUAUUUUCAGAAAAUCUCCGACGUCUCCUAAUGACGGCACCGUUACGUAUUCCAGUUUCAUCAAGUGAUUCCACAGUGAAGAGUGACAAUGAUAUUGGCAUGAUAUCUUCAGCGUCUGGUGCACCAGGUGAUCGUCUUCCUGUGAUUGGAUUAGAUCCAGGCUGGAGAAAUGGUUGUAAAUGGGCUGCAUGUGAUCCUCAUGGAAAUGUUCUAAGCACAGGUAUUCUAUGGCCACCGCAUACAUUGUCUGCCAUUCCACCGAAGAAAUUGAGCAUGCAAAAUGAACCAAUGAGUAAUAAUGGUUUGGGUGCAUUGACUGCAGCUAUGCAACGUCAUCAAAUCGAGACAAUAGCUCUUGGUAAUGGUCAAGGUAGUCGGCAAACUGGUUCUUGGUUGGCACAUUUAAUAGAAAUUCAACAUUUCAAACCUUUAAAUGUUCGCUAUGCUGUUGUAAGUGAGUGUGGUGCUUCAUAUUACAGUGCGUCAAAUCUAGCUUGUACAGAAUUACCAGAUUUAAAUGUUAGUUUCCGUGGUGCAGUGUCUAUAGCUAGACGUUUACAAGAUCCUUUAGCUGAACUAGUUAAAGUUGAACCGAAACAUUUAGGUGUUGGUAUGUAUCAGCACGAUAUACCAGUCAAUCAAUUAACUUCCGCUGUUCAUAAUGUCAUGGAAGAAUGUAUAAGUUUUGUUGGUGUUGAUUUGAAUGCAGCUCCAUUGCAUAUUUUAUCACGUGUUGCUGGUUUAUCUGAGAUGAAAGCCAAAGCAAUUUUAACAUAUCGUUCACAAAUUGGUCCCUUCCGUUCAAGAGCUGAUCUUCUUAAGGUUAAAGGUAUUGGACAAGCUACGUUCGCUCAAUGUGCUGGAUUUGUACGUGUCAAACCCACAUAUUCUACAACCACUUUAGAUGGGACUAAGGAUGUUGAAAUGAUUUCCAUUUCGAGUGGUGAUGAUGAUGGUGAUGAUUUAACUUGUGAUACUAAAAUAACCAAUAUUUCCACUGGUAGCACUAAACGUAAACAUAUAUCCAAUGAAUUUAACAAGAAACGUAAAAAACCUCGAAUUAUGGAGGUAACAGUUACUGAUCAAUCCGAUGUGAAUUGUUUUAAUCCAUUAGAUCAGACUGCUGUUCAUCCUGAUUCAUAUGAAGUCGCAGCAAGUAUUAUUUCAUUGCUCCAAUUAAAUCUGACAGAUUUUUGUUCCAAAACUGUUGGACUUGAUACUUUACGUGAUAUUAUCGUAGCACUAACUCGUCCUUUGGAUUUCGAUGAGCGUCAAGACUGUUUUACUCCAUUGUUUCAUUCGACCGUGAUGAAAAUAUCAGAUUUACGUAAAAGUAUGCAAGUGAAAGGUCGUGUAGAGAAUGUCACUACUUUUGGUGCCUUUUGUGACAUUGGUGUUGAAGAAAACGCGUAUAUUCCAAGACAUGCAUAUCCUCGAAAUUGUCCAACUUCCAACCUAAAAAUUACCAAUGAUACUUCUGCUGGAAUUGGCGUCAGUGACGGCGGUAAUAUUCAUCACAAAAUGUUCACUUUACGUUUGGGUGAUCGAAUCAAAGCUAUUGUUUCGAGUGUUGAUAUUAAGUAUAAACGAGUUGCAUUGGAUAAAGUUUCUGUAAUGACGUGGACGUGA